AAAAAUCAUUGAAUUGCGUAGCUACUGUUCUCUAGUGAGAGUUUCAAUUUCAAACAAAAUGAGAAUGAUUCACAGCGUUGCGAUUGUUGUAGCUUUUAUGCUUUUCUUUGCAGGGAAUGCAACAGCCGAUUACUAUCGUUGUCUUGCUGACUGCCUCGUAGUCACUCAUUUUCCACGAUCUACUUCAACAUAUUUCAAAAAUUGCCUUCGAGUAUGUGCUCCUAUGAGCCAUAUAAGACGGGGUUCUUCCGGAGUUGUAUAAGUCUGCUUUUACACUGAUCCAAACAGCUGCUCCACCAAUUACUGCAAAAAUAAGGGCUUUUAGUCCAUUUCUACAUAGAUAUAUGUUAGACCUCCUUUUGGCUAAAAUAAAAUAUCAGUAUAUUUGCUGUAAUUCUAUAUAAGGUAAUUGAAUAAAAUUGUUUUUUUAAA